GAACUCUGUACUUUGCACUUUGGCUAAAUUCUCAUUUAAAUUUAAAUUUCUAAACUUUUCUUAGGACCUUAAACUUCCUUUGAUCUCCUCUCUCCUGAAUUGCAGAAAUCAGAUAAAACUAUUGGUAAAAUGACCUCUCGUCACAUUACUGAAGAACCUAUAAAAAAGAUUGCUAUCUUUGGAGGAACUCAUGGGAACGAGCUAACAGGAGUAUUUCUGGUUAAGCACUGGCUAGAGAAUGACGCUGAGAUUCAGAGAACAGGGCUGGAAGUUAAACCAUUUAUUACCAACCCAAGAGCGGUGAAGAAGUGUACCAGAUAUAUUGACUGUGAUCUGAAUCGCGUUUUUGAUCUUGAAAAUCUUGGCAAAAAGAUGUCAGAGGAUUUGCCAUAUGAAGUGAAAAGGGCUCAAGAAAUAUAUCAUUUAUUUGGUCCAAAAAAUAGUGAAGAUUCCUAUGACAUCAUUUUUGACCUUCACAACACAACCUCUAACAUGGGGUGCACCCUUAUUCUUGAAGAUUCCAAGAAUGACUUUUUAAUUCAGAUGUUUCAUUAUAUUAAGACUUCUUUGGCUCCAUUACCCUGCUAUGUUUAUCUUAUUGAGCAUCCUUCCCUCAAAUAUGCAACCACUCGCUCUAUAGCUAAGUAUCCUGUUGGUAUAGAAGUUGGUCCCCAACCCCAAGGUGUUCUACGAGCUGAUAUUUUGGAUCAAAUGAGAAAAAUGAUUAAACAUGCUCUUGAUUUUAUAUUUCAGUUCAAUGAAGGAAAAGAAUUUCCUCCCUGUGCUCUUGAGGUCUAUAAAAUAAUGGAGAAGGUUGAUUAUCCCAGGAAUGAAAGUGGAGAAAUAGCUGCUAUUAUCCAUCCUAAUCUACAGGAUCAAGACUGGAAACCACUGCACCCUGUGGAUCCCACAUUUGUGACUCUUGAUGGAAAGACCAUUCUGUUGGGCGGAGACUGUACGGUGUACCCGGUGUUUGUGAACGAGGCUGCUUAUUAUGAAAAGAAAGAAGCUUUUGCAAAGACAAUGAAACUAACUCUCAAUGCAAAAAGUAUUCACUCCUCUUUCCACUAGAAAUCAGUGCUAGCUCACUUUUUGUGGGGCAUCUUGAAAAAAAGAUCAGUCUGUAUGGUCCUUGAAUAAGUAUAGUAGGCAUGCACAUCAGUGUCUUAAAGAAAGUAAUAAAUUAAUGAAUGUCUUUUAAAGUUAUCAUAUUUUAUGUAUAUAACUUAUUUAAAUAAGUGUGCUUCCUAUUUCUGUAUAGCUUUUUAUACAUUUACGCUUUAACAGUUUAACAUUCUUAAAAACAGUCUUCACUUUCAAAGUAUAAAAGAUAUAGAUACUAUAUGGAAAGUUAUUAACUUGAACAUGUAUGUUUUCAAAGAAUGGUUAAGUGCUACUAGAAACUAAUGGUGCAGACUAUUUUUAAAUUUUCAUGAUCGAGUUAAUGACCAGUUCAUAAACUAACAAUAUCUAUGAUAUCCAUAGUAGAUUUUAGCUGCUCUUCUUCAGAUGACAUGUUGAAGAGAAAUGAGAGUUGAUUGUAAAGGUGACAAAUAUAUCUAGAAACACUGAUUGAUGUCUUACACUCACCUUGAGAAGCUAGCUGUCCUUCUCAACAUGGACAAUUGGGAAGAGAAAAAUUCCUCGCAUCUGUCACUUCUCAUUUUGGAUGAACACUCACUCUUAUUCCUAGCCAAAGAGUGAGGGGAUCUUUGGACCCCAGUGGCUGCCAGCCUAGGUGGUUAAGACCCAUAACAGAGGACAGUGGACACUAGUGGAAAUGUGACCCUAACCCAUGUCUCUGAUUUACAAACACACCCAUUCAAGAAAUUAUCCCAUUUUUUAAUGCUGAAAUCCUUCACCUCCCAUGAUUCUUCCAAGGACCCCUGGCAAAACAUUGCCUCCCUCCCUCCCUGCUCCAUCCUCAGGACCCGACCCUCCCCUCUUUUAGGCCACAGCAGUCAAGUAAGGAAUGCUUUUAUCCUAUGAUUUGAACCUCAUGGAAACAUGGAUAUGGCUUCAAGUGUUUUACCAAAAAUACUGACACUGGAGCUGGAGAAGCGGAAUCCCUGGUUCGCAUCGUUGCCCAAGCUGUGCCUUCCCUCCUCCAACUCCUGUCUUACCUGACUUCCUCUUAGAAGGACGAUCCCUGAGCAGAGUCUGUUAAGCCAGCAUCAGGAGAAAAGGAUUUGGAAAAACCCAGGCCUUAACUCAUCCUUUUCCUUCUUUAAGCCAUACUUUGGUAAAUCUCUCCAUGGCAGUUUCUGAGACCCACCCUGACCACACAAUUUAUAUCAACAACCUCAAGGAGAAGAUCAAGACAGAUGAGCUGAAGAAGUCCCUGUAUGCCAUUUUAUACCAAUUUGGCCAGAUCCUGGAUAUGCUGGAACCUGAAGAUGAGGGGUCAGGCCAUGUUAUCUUCGAGGAGGUCAGCAGCACCACAAAUGCCCUGUGCUCCAUGCAGGGUUUUCCCUUCUAUGACAAGCCCAUGCACAUCUAGUACACCAAGACAGAUUCAGAUGUCAUUGACAAGAGAAAGGACACCUUUGUGGAGAGGGACCACAAGUGAGAGAAGAGAAAGCCCAAAAGCCAGGAGACCACAGCUUCCAAGAAGGCUGUAUAGGGUGGGGCAGCUGUUCCUAUGGGGGGAGCUGUCCAGGGGCCUGUCCCAGGCAUGCCACCAAUGACUCAGGCACCGCACAUCAUGCACAUAUGCCAGGCCAGCCUCCCUACAUGCCACCCCUGGCAUGAUUGUACCACCAGGCCUUGCACCAGACUAGAUCCCACCAGGGGCCAUGCCCCCACAACAGCUUAUGCCAGGGCAAAUACCAUCUGCCCAACCUUUUUCUGAGAAUCCACCAAAUCAUAUCUUGUUCCUUACCAAUCUGCCAGAGGAGACCAACGAGUUCAUGCUAUCCAUGCUUUUCAAACAGGUCCCUGGCUUCAGGAGGUCUGCCUGGUCCCUGAGCAGACACAACAUUGCCUUCCUGGAGAAUGAGGUGCAAGCAGGGGCAGCUUGGGAUGCCCUGCAUGGCUUUUAGAUCACCCUGAACAACGCCAUGAAGAUCUCCUUUGCCAAGAAGUAGCACU